AGAUCGAGUACCUGGCAUCCGUGUUUAGAAUUCCGACCUCUCGGAGAGUGCCAGCCGCCCUACCUCAAGAGGUGCUCGGAAGAAGCGCAUAGAGAGGGAAGCGAUCUUCAUUCCAUGGGUAUCUGGGACGGACUCUACCGCGUCCUGAUGCGCCGGAACUCCGUCUACGUCACCUUCGUCGUGGCCGGCGCAUUCGCCGGAGAACGGGCAGUGGACUACGGAGUUCACAAGCUAUGGGAUCACAAUAAUAUUGGGAAAAAGUAUGAGGAUAUUCCAGUGUUGGGGCAAAGGCAAUCAGAAUGAUUUCAUGCUCAGGCCCAGCUUUUUGAAAUUUUUGAUUAUUCUGAAUGUAGCAAAAGUUGUGAAGCUUUUUGAGGUUCUAAUAAAACACUAGACAUUGUUUGUUUGAGUCGAGACACAUAUUCCUUUUUGUUAAGACUCUUCAUUUGAAUGCUGAAAUCAAGGUUGAAAAGCAUGGUCAUCAUUGAUUUUUUUAUCUGCAGCUGUAUGCAAAACUUUGACCAGGACAAACAACAUAUGCUGCUGGCUGUCUCAUUUUUUCGGAUUGAGAGAUUCUGUAUUCCAAUUAUGAGAUAAAGAACUUGAAAAUCAGAUAA